CAAAAAACUAUGGAUUGCCCAAAUUUCAUCAAAAUUCUGACUUAGAAAUUGAUCUAACUGUUGCUAAUAUUAAAAAAAAUUGUAAAAAUUUGACAAUUAUUGGAAAAGGCUGCACAAGAUUUAUCAUUGUUUCUACUUCACCUCCAGAAAUUUUUAGCAAGUCAGUUAGUAUCAAAAAUGAUGCUGUUGCUGUCAAAGCUAAUGUUAAAAAAGUUUUAUAG